CAGCCUACAGGCGAACAGACAGACGGAAACUGUUAUGUUUAUUAGUCGCUGCAUCCGGCUCAUCUGAGCUCUGCUGUGGUUUUCAUUUACUCUGGAGUCUUCCCUGCUAUAAACUAUCUUUCUUUUUUCCACCCCCUCUUUUUAUUAACUCACAGAUCUCUCAGAGCUCAGGAGGACUUCAUUGUGACAGGAUGUGUGGAGGUCUGGGGUCUGGGGUCCCUGUUAGCCUGAUGAUCCAGGAUCUGUGAUGAGUUAUUCUGUUCCUCUAACGGUUGCCUGAUCUGAGACUUCACUUUAAACAUGACGAGUGAGAGAAACGGAACCCACGAGGGGGAGACCAGCCCCACAUCAGAGACCAACGAGCACGACUAUGCCCACUCUGCAGCGAGGACCUCCACGGACCCGGACCUGAGCUCCUCCUCCGGGGCACCGGGACCGGACACCCCGGCCUCACACGCCCAGGGAGGCUUCACUGCCCCAGCAGAGCCAGAGCCGACCCUGCCUGUGGAGCUCCCGGAGCCCGCUGUGGGUGCGGAGGUGGACUGUCCCGGUGGACCUGAUCUGGAGGAAUCCUCUCAGCUACAGACUGCAGGUGACCCCCAGAAGACAGGAGCCUUUCUGGACCCUGCAGACCCCCUCUGCCGCCCUCAGGGGAGCCGCCGUAGGAGCUCAUCCCGGCGGCCGGAGGACCGACACUGCAGCAGCUGUCAGCGGGAGUUCGAGCGGCAGGGCCGGAGCUUCAACCGGAGGGCGGUCUACACCUUCACUACCCCGGACACUGUGACCUGGGUCUUCCCGGAGACCACCGUCAACGAGAAGUCCUUCCUGUGCGAGGCCUGCGCGCAGCUGAUCCGGACCAAGUGCAAACGCAAGCAGAACACGAAGCGGUCCAUAUGGCUGAAACCUCCACAACAGUCCAAACUGAAAGACAAGAAGAGCACAGAACGCAGGAUGGGGAAGAAGAGCAAGGCUGCACUGCUGGUGAGCAAGUCCUGCUACAGGGCCGCUCUAAAAACCCUGUGGUCUGCUAAAGGAGCGCGCAAGCCCAUGAUGGAGUUCUGGAGGAAGCAGCUGAAGGAGGAGAUGAAGACGCUGACGCGGCAGACCGACAGUCCUUUCCAGGAGAAGGUUACAAGCAAGAAGCCACUGUCGUCCUUCCCCUGGAGGCGCUGUCUGGACUGGACUCAGGAGAAGGCCCCGCUCGUCUUCACCUGCCUCACCUCGCUGUUCCCCGACAUCAACGCCCUCUCCAAGAGCGGACAUCAGCUGUCGGAGGAGCAGGCUCAGACGCUGCUGGAGCGUCGGGCCAUGGUGGCGCUCUCCAUCCCGCUCUUCACCAGGAACGUCUGGAAGAACAACUUCCUGCAGGCGUCUCUGGGGGCCGAGCUCCGCCAGCAAGGCUGCACCGGCUCCACCCUGGACGCCCUCAACACCAUGGGGCUGUGUCAGAACAAAGACACAGUCAGGCUGCUGCUGCACCGGCUCCGAGACAAGAAGACGCCCCAGAACGGACGACAGAGGAGGAUGAAACAAAUGCAGAUGAAAGGAGAACACAUGGCAGACGUGGAGGAAGAUGAUAUUGAGGAGGAUGAAGAGGAAGAGGAGGAAGAGGAAGAAGAUGAAGAUGAAGAGGAAGAAGAGGAGGUGGUGGAGGAGGAAGAAGAAGAAGAAGAAGAAGAGGAGGAGGAAAUUGAGAUGGCGGUGGAGGAAGAAGUGGAGGAGGCAGAAGUGCAGGGGGAAGUGCCGAUGGCCGAGGAGGAAGAUCAGGUGGCAGAGGAGAAGAAGAGGAGGAGGAAGAAGGCGAAGAAGCAGAAGAAGGAGAAGAGGAAGGAGAGAGCGAAACGAAAGGUGGAGGAGAGAGAGGAUGAGCACCAGGAGGAGGAGGAGGACGAUGAAGGGUCGGAGCAGAAGAAGAGGAAGGUGGUGGUGGUGAGGCUCGGGCUGCUGAAGGGACACUCCGAGGUGGGACGCUCGGACCUGUCGGCUCCUUAAGACUCUGUAAGCCCCGCCUCCAAUCAGAACAAGGGACAGAGGCUCCUCCCUCUUUUUUCUGGAAGAGGACGCCGAAAGGCAUUCUGGGAGUUGGAGAAGAUCAGUAUCUGUGGAGAGAACUAAUAAGAGCUUUACUUUCAUAUUUCUUUAUUGUUAUGUUUAAAAGACGAGCUGCGUGAGAUCAUUUAAAACCAGAGAGACAAAAACUCUGAAGAAUACAACAGAUUACUCACCACCGGAUUAUCUGCAGCAUACGACAAGUUAGUGGAUCAGGAUCGCUACCUUUUGUUCCAACACAGAUGCAGGAUGUUUGCUCCCCCUGACUUCAUCUUUUAAAGGAUUUCUUUCCCACACACCUCAGAGUUUGUCAAAAUGUUCCUAUGAGUUUUUUUGGAGGUACUUAAUUUGGAUCUGACUCUUGGGAGGUAUGGAGAAGCACUUAAAUCAACUGAGGUUAAAUCAAAGGUAUCGCUCUCGAAGAUUGAGCAGCAACUCUGGAUUAUUAUAUCCAAAUAUCUGCGAAUCAUUUCCUCUAAUUUAUUCCAGCCAAUAAUUGAAGUAUUUUUAAGAAGCUCUGCCCUUGAAUAUUUCCAGAUCUGCUUCCUCACAUGUCUCUCACAGCAUCAAGUCUCUCCUUCAGAAGAGGGGGAGUCUCAGCAGGCAGGAUGUGACAUCAGAAGCACACCAUGUUGUGAGGAGCAACAGACGUCUACGCUGUGAUGACAGUUUUUGCAUAAAAUACAUCAACAUCUCAUAAAAUGAUUCUCCUUUUUUAGCCUGAUACGCGUCGCUCUUUUGGGUUUACACCUGCUGCUGUAUAGAAAUGUCAUCAUCACGUAUAGAAAUGUCAUCAUCACGCCUGAUCCUGAGGAGUGUGUCUAACCUUAGCUCACCCUGAAGUCUUGCAGAAAUUAUCUGUUUGCGUUCACACGUGCAGCCCCUCCUCAAUAUUUAGUUUUAGUCCUGCAGUUUUCAGAAGUGUUUGUAAAAGAGUCAUCAUUCAUCUUGCUAACAAUCCAUCACCCAAAGAUCCUCUAUUUUCUAUCAAGAACUACAAAGUGUCUUAGCAUCAUGAAGUCUGAAUCAAACAGGGUUGAAAGUUUAGCACAAAAUGACCAAACGGCUCAGGCACUUAUUCAAAUAGAUCCCCGUUUUCUUUCAGUUGUCAACUCUUUUUUUAAAGACUACAGCUUCUCCUUUCAGAAUCUGGAAGUUCACACAUGCAGACGGAGUUUAAAGCACCACAACCGUUACAUCCGAGUUCAACAGACUAACACAGGCGUCCAUCGAGGUUUACUUUCAAGUCUUUAAAUCAGAGCUUUCUGCAGAAGCCAUGAAGCCAUUUACUCAACUCAAAAACACGUGACGUGAACAGUCAGAGAUUUUAAAUACAAAGAUUUAAGUCUGAUUCUCUUGGACUCAAAGCCCUCAAAGGUCUGAUCUGCAGCUCAAGAUUUGUGAUGCUCUAUUUUAUUGUCCCUAAUAUUUUGUGUCCGGUGGAGAAAGUUGUGUUAUUAAAAAUUUAAGUUAAAGCCCAGCAGGUAGUCGAGUCAGACGUGACUCCAGACAUCCUGAUCCUUCAUGGUGACGUUGGCUGAAUAAUCCCUCCCUCUGUAAAAACCCGGUUGAGCUUCGAGGUCAGAUAAUCUAGGAGAGGCUGUUAGUGUAGUUUCUUUUCUAACAAAGGUUUCUUCUUUGACUUUUCGAAAGCUACAUCAGAGAAAUGUUUAUAUUUGUAUGUUUGUGUCAAGGCGGACUGACUGAGGGGAUUUUGGACCAUCGAUCUCGGACUCGACGCUCUGCAAUAUUGAUGCACAUCAUGUGGUCUCUGCUGGUUCCUGUAAAAGUUUGCCAAAUAAAAAUGCUGAAAGCUUCA